UUUUAGUCAUUACAAAGUCAUUUUUUUAUCAAUUUUGAGGGAAAUAUUGGGGUAAUUUGGCAGUAAUUCCAACAGAAUUUCAAAUAGGUUACUUGCUAAUUAUCACCUAAUUAACAUGCAAUUUAUGAAGUGUUACCAUUUUAUUUAUGAAUGAUGUGUAUUGUAUGGUACCUAUAUAGCCUAUAUGUUGCAGCCUAUAAUGUCUUUACUGGACCUAUACUAUAGUAGUUUAUACUGUAGGUUAUACACUAGUGUGUUCUUAUACUCUCGCCUGCUCUCCAUCCCUGUUCACCACUACACACGGCGCGCUAUGUGUGUGCAUGCAUGAGUGUGUGUGUGUGUGUGUGUGUGUGUGUGUUUGUGCGUGUUGUAGGCCAAUACUCAGUUACACAAUCGCUUUCAGUUUCUCUGAGCCCAGCUCUGCCUCUCUGCCUCUCUGCCUGCCUCUCUGCUGCCUGGUGGCUCCCCGCCCACCGCUGCUCUCUGCUACCCGCCUGCCUGCCUCCUCAGCCUGGCUGCUGGGCGGACUGGGGCAGAUCCGAGCCGACCAGUUCCGCGUUCUCUCCUCACCCAGUAUACGCGGACCGACCGGGAGGAGGGACCGGGGCAGCAGUGUCAUGGUGGACAUUCCUGUUCCUGCCCAGCCGCGGCAUCCAUAAUAACUCCGAGGGGGUUCAGACUCAGUGAGGGAGAAAGUGAGGAGGACUGGAGGUAACUUGAGUUGGAGGUUAAAAGGUCAUCAGACAGUCACAUGUCGCCGUGCGCCACUAGAAGACCGAAGACGUCAACAGCAGCAGCACCAUAAUGAUGAAUGAGCAGACUGGGACGAGGCCGACUACGCAGAAGUCUUUGCCCUCACGGUCGUCACCUGACCUUUGACCCCUCGUGGAUUAAAAAUGGCACUUUGGCUGAGACAGGGAAGGAAGCGAGGCAUCUUACACUCCAGGAAUUCUGGGAAUUUAACAAACGUGUUUGUUUGAAACAGGAUUGCACAGAUUGGACAAGCCUGGUUUUUACCGGUUCAGUGAAGAUGGAAUAAGAUCGGAGCGGGAGAUGUUCGUAAAGAAAAACUGAUUACAAAAUAGUUGAGUCAAGGAUGGAGCAGGAUUUUACACAGUACGAUCUCGUAUCUCUCUCAUAAACUGGGGAUAGUGAACAUUUGUAUGCACUAGCCUGGACUAACAUUAGCCAGUGUUGGUGAAGAUUCCAACCCUUUACACCCACUAUUAGCCUGUAACUGUCCUCUUUUCCAUUCCUUAUCGUUGUGAAUGGACGCCUGACUCUUUCUGAAGCUAGAAGGUGACUUUUCCCUUCGGCUUUAAACUGUAACUCUGACUCCUGGUCAGUAUCUUGCUGUAACAUUGCUAAAAAACAAACAAACUCAAAAACAUGGCUGCUACUACAGGAAGGAAGCACUUGGUUAAAGACUUUAACCAUUUCAUCACCUGUUACCUGUGUCGAGGAUACCUGAUUAAACCGACCACGGUCACCGAGUGCCUGCACACAUUCUGUAAGAGCUGCAUUGUGCAGCACUUUGAGGACAGUAAUGACUGUCCCAAAUGUGGCAUUCAGGUCCACGAGACCAACCCACUGGAGAUGCUCAGGUUGGACAACACCCUGGAGGAGAUCAUUUUCAAGCUGGUGCCUGGACUCAGAGAAAAAGAGGAACAGCAGGAACUGGAAUUCUGGAAGAAGAACCAGCCCAGAGAAAACGGCCAAGCAGAAAGCGUGAGGUGUCAGAGGCUCGGGCUGCCUGUUGUUGGAGGGGAUUAUGGUGGUGGUGGUGGUGGUGGUGGUGGUGGUGGUGGUGGUGGUGGUGGUGAUGAUGGUGAUGACGACGCCGGCGAUGAAGAUUACCACAGGAGUGACCCUCAGAUAGCCAUCUGUCUGGACUGCCUACGCAACACGGGACAGUUGGGGGAGAGCACUGUCACGGAUUUGAUGAAGAGGUUCAUCCGCUGCUCCAGUAGAGUCACAGUGGGAACAAUUAAGAAGUUUCUCAGUCUUAAACUAAAGCUGCCGAGCUCUUAUGAGCUGGACGUGCUGUGUAACGGAGAGAUCAUGGGCAGAGAUCACACUCUGGAGUUCAUCUACAUGACCCGAUGGAGGCUACAUGGAGAGAAUACGUAUCCCAUGGUUCUCGAGUACCGGCCACGAAUCGACUUUGGCUGAACCACGGCUGCAAGAAGAGGACCACACACAGACACACACACACACACACACACACACACACACACACACACACACACAUAUACAUAUACAUGCACAGACAUGACAAACACAACAAGUACAGGAAACAUUAGGAACGCCUAUUUGCACGUGGACAAACAGAAAUACACACAAACACCAACAUCCACAUGCCCACAAUGUGCAGAGAAAGAGAGAUUUAAAUGUAUUUUUGUACAGCCAAUGAUGAAGUGCAUACGUUGUCAUGGUAAAGAGGUUUUAUGCUACAUAGAAUAAUAUAUGCUAUAAUAUAUGAUAUUUUUAAAUGUAUGUCCCUGUGCCUAAAAACCUGUUGAGAUCAGAUGAAGUACGACCAUAUCUUCACUUUGCCUGUCUAACUCUGUAGAUUAAAUGUUGAUUUUCUACUGUU